UAAGCUAAUGUCUUUGCGGUCCCAGAAAGAGGAGGGAGGCACGACAAGAAGCUGAAAGGUAAGUAAGCUAAUAUCUUUGCGCUGAACAUGGAGAAUCACGUGAUCACCGCAGCAGAGCAGCCCAGCAACGAAGCCAGACUGGGCAUACUGGAGCUGGCCAACAUGAUCAGCGUCCCAAUGUCCCUAAACGCCGUCGUUCAUCUCAAUGUCCCCGACGCCAUCUGGCAAGGCGGCUCAAACAGCCCCCUCUCCGCCUCCGCCAUCCUCGCAUCUGUGCUCCCCGACGGAGGCGGCGACGCAGAGAACCUCCAGCGCAUCCUCCGCAUGCUCACCAGCUACGGUGUGUUUGCGGAGCACCUGAUCAAAGCCGACGAUGACGGCGGCUCCCAGCAAAGAAAGUUCUCCCUCACCGAGAUUGGUAAAACGCUCGUCACCGACCAAAACGGUCUGUCGUACGGUCCUUACAUCCUCCAACACCACCAGGAUGCGCUAAUGGGGGCGUGGCCUAUGGUGCAUGAGGCUGUGGUGGACCCCACGGUAGAGCCGUUCGUGAAAGUGAACGGUGAGCCGGCGUACGAGUACUAUGGGAAGAAGCCGGAGAUGAAUGGCUUGAUGCAGAGAGCAAUGUCGGGUGUAUCGGUGCCGUUCAUGAAGGCGAUAUUGGACGGCUACGAUGGAUUUGAAGGAGUGGGGAGAUUGGUUGAUGUGGGUGGGAGUGCAGGGGAUUGCCUGCGGAUGAUCCUACAGAAGCAUCCUAGUGUUCGGGAAGGUAUUAACUUUGAUUUGCCUGAAGUCGUUGCCAAGGCACCAACUAUAGCUGGAGUGAGUCAUGUUGGUGGUGACAUGUUCAAGUCAAUUCCCAGUGGAGAUGCUAUUUUCAUGAAGUGGAUUUUAUCAACAUGGACGGAUAGCGAAUGCAAGCUGAUCAUGGAGAAUUGUUACAAAGCACUUCCAGUAGGAGGGAAGCUGAUAGCUUGCGAGCCAGUGUUGCCAACAAAAUCAGAUGACAGUCGUAGGACGCGUGCCCUCCUAGAAAACGACAUAUUCGUGAUGACAAUCUACAGGGCCAAGGGCAAGAAUCGGACUGAGGAAGAGUUACGGCAGCUUGGUCUCUCUGCUGGCUUCUCUCACUUCAGACCAAUCUACAUCGAUUAUUUUUACACCCUCUUAGAAUUCCAAAAGUGAUAAAGUUGAUGCAGCACAAGCAAAUAGGUUACGAGCGUAACUUAGAAAAGAACAUAAGAUUGGAAUCCACUAGAAAGUUGGAGAGAAAAUUCUCACUGUUUGUAUUAUUUGAUAAAAGAUGAGUUUAGUUCAACCAUGCAUGACGGCUGACUAAAUACAUUGUUCUCACCUAUUGGACUGCCCUAGGGAGUUAUUGAAAGCUUAUCAGAAAAUAAAUGGAAAGUCUGUAAAUUGAAUACAAUAUUUAAAUGCACUUUUGGAAGCCCAAAAUCCACCUUAUGUCACAGCAAGACAGUGAGUUGGACUUGUGGCGUCGUUCCCUUUUUGAGAA